UAUUUUCGUGAAGAUUAUUUCUCGCCAAUUUAGGGGAUUUUUUCCUCAUUCUCAGAAAUUUAUCUGCGUGAAAAUACACAGGAAAGGUAAAUUAGCGAAAAAAGAUUUUCGCGAAUAACUAGAAAUGACUUGUAUUCUUAAAGACUAUAUUAUAAAGCCCGUAUACGUCUGUCUGUCUGUCACGCAAAAUGGUAGCUUAGCUGCGCAAUAGCGAGAAGCACGCGAUGCAGUAUAAAAAGGACAGGCGAACCCGUGGAUUUUCCACGGGCUAACGACUAGAUUUUUAAGAUUAACUUAACGAAAAUUUUGCAGUGAGCAAGAAAGGACUUUUUUUUCUUUCUCUUUAGUUUUUCUUCGUAAUCUUUUGCUGUUUUUUGUUGGUUCAUUCUCGAAAGAAAAUUUCACAAGCUAUUUUCCAGAAAUCUGAAUCCAUUAAAACGUGGAAGUGUGGUCUAUUCUUAUAGCUACAUGUGUAUUUCUGACAGUGAUGUAACCAUAGUCAGCUGACAUAACGAUCAAAUAAAACGGAUAAACCAAGGACGUUGAACUUCCCGUUAGUUAUUUACAUAUAUGUAUUUAUUAUUGAUGACUCAUCAUAUAAAGACAUUUGAUUGGUUAUUAAGAACGUGGCCUACUAGGUUUGUGACCACUUUUUAAAACGAUAAGAUUAAAUAAUUCGAAAUUUUAAGUGCUGCUGCAGAUAAUAUAUGAAGAUAAUAUUUGCUCAAGAGAAAUUACUUUCAUUACUGAGAAUAAUACUCGCCAAAAUAAUAACUCCACGGUAAUGUCGGUUCCGGUCAAUUUUAUAAUGGUUAGCGCUUAAGUCUGGCAAUACAAUUGCUUUCGGUUCUGUAACCUAGGAGAAUAGGUAGAUCACACACUAUGGUACAAAGUUGCGUAUUAACAGUCAAUGAAGAUAGACAAAGAAGUAAUUACUGUAAAAACUGUUACUAUAAAUACUAUUGGAAAAAAAAAUAAUAAAGGAUGUCCCCUAUGCAUAUCUUGCCUUUUGAUUGGUGUGAAACGAAUAAAAGACUACUUAAAUUCCAAUAAGAUUUGCGGUAUUUUUCCGUAAAAGGCGAUUGCGUUAAUGCAGGUUUUACUUGCGAUUUUACUGCGACACAAGUUACUUUGUAGAAAUCAGAAGGAAAAUCAUUGCCCAUACUACGUUAACAAGCUUUCUGCAACAUCUACUUGAAAAAAUGUUGGUUGCAUUAAAUAUUCUAUGUAAGAAUUUAAACUGGUUCAUUUAAAGUUGUCGACAUAACAUUCAGUUGUCAGAUAAUUAUACUUUCAGAUGCGUUGAUCAGUUGUCAAGUGUGGUCAUUUUCAAAGUGACGCAGCCAAUUUUUAUUGCGUGAUUAACCUCUGAUUAGCAAUACGUAUGUAAUAAGUUGCCAAGGUAUAAUCCUGCUUCCUGAUAUCAACACAAUCAUGACACUGCACUUCCUGAUCUAAUUUUAUUGCAAAGAAACUCAAGUGUAAAAUGUUAACCUUUUGACGUUAGACAGUACAAUUUCCCCUAAUUUGUCGCUUAAUUAACCUUUGCACAGGCGUUUUGAUUAUCUUUGCGUAUAUAAGCAACAAUAUCCAGAUAUGAAAUCAAUUCAAAACACGUUUUCUUGACAAAGAAGAAAAAAAGAAGAGAAAGAAAACCGCGUACAGGUAAAGGUUUCCUUACAAGAUUUCUUUGUUUGUAUGUGUGUGUGUGUAUGUGUGUAUGUUGUUUUUUGUUUUUACAAAGAAUGAAGAAAUAUGAAAUAUCAGAGGAAUUAUCUAAUCAAAUAUAGUAUAUUUCGUUUUGUUAUAGGUAUAAUUGCAGACUUUAAAAAAAUGGAUCCAAAUAAAAUAUUUACAAUACUGUCAUUGUUGCAUAUGGUAUCCGCAAAAAUGCAAAUCGUCGAUUUGAGUUAUACAUAUGACAACGAAACUGUUUAUUGGCCUUCUAUUCGUGCUCAGCACAGUUUUAAUCGGACAAUAAUAAGUGGUUCUGCAGAAUUAGAAGUUGGAGUCUUUUCUACUGUUGAGCAUGGAGGCACACAUGUAGAUGCGCCGCGGCACUUAAACGGACGUCACGGCGUACAUGAAAUUCCUUUAGAAAGACUAGUUGGAAGAUUGUUUUUGGUAGAUGUGUCUAAUGAAGCAAGCAAAGAGGAAGACUUUUUAAUCACUCAGAAACUUAUCGAGAGAGCAGAAAUGAAUCAAAACAGAACCAUCAAUGACAGCAUUGUCCUGUUUUACACAGGUUGGAGUCAAAGAUGGCCGGAUUUGAAAGGAUAUCUUGGUACAGACUCAUUCAACGAUACACUUCUACAUUUUCCAGGACUUCACCCAAAUGCUACCAGAUGGAUGGUGAACAAUAGAAAGUUUAAAUCAAUUGGUAUCGACACUGCGUCGUUUGAUAUUGGACAGGACUCAUUUCUUUCAUCGCACAGAAUCUUAUUCGAGCACAACAUACCAGCAUUUGAAAACGUGAAUCUAAAAGAAGUCGAUAAAAUUAAGAAUGUGAAAAACGUCAUGAUCUAUGCGCUACCGAUGAAGAUCAGAGAUGGCAGUGGUGCUCCAACCAGAAUUAUUGCCACCUUCGAUGAUGACUAUAAAACACCGUGUAGCUCAGAUGCUGCUCAAAUAAAACUGGGGUUAUCUCUCAUGUAUUUGUUUGUUUUCGUUAAUUACUUUUUAAACUAACUUAUUGUAGAAUAUGAUGAAAUAUGACUGUUAUUUUUUUAAUAUGAAAGAUCUUUAUUUCGGGCGUA